AUGGCAGACGCGCCAGUCAAGAAAGAAGAGCAGGCACAGGUCAAGGCCGCAGCGACGACCACAACAGGGCCUCCACCCGAAGUCGCAUCCGACCCCGAGGAAGAUGACCUCUCAGACCUAGAUGACAUGCUGGACGAGUUCGCAAACACCAAACUCGACGCCAAACCUCCAGCUUCUGCUGCUCCGCAUGCUGCUCCCUCAUCCUCCGGUCCCGGCAGACCCGACGAUGUGUCACCAGCUGAUCUGCUUCUCCAAGACGAAGAUGAAUUCGCAAAGAAAUUACAAGAGGAGAUGGAGCAGUUGCUGGGACAGGGAGACUUCCAGAAACAAUUCGAGGAUAUCAUGAAGGAGAUGAGCCAGGAGAUGGGUGGGGCAAACCCUCUGGAGGCAUUAGCAGGACAGGCGGCGAGUAGUAGUGAAACAAAAGCAAAAGUAGAGCCAAAAGCGAAAGAAGCUGCAACUGCCAAUAAGGGGACAGAGUCGUCAGCGAAAGCCGAAAAGUCGUUCCAAGAAACCAUCAAGAAGACAAUGGAGCGCAUGCAGUCAUCUAGCGACACUGCAACUUCAGCCGCCGCCUCGUCAUCCCAAGAUGAUAUCCUAGCGCAGAUGCUGGCUUCCAUGGAGAAUGGCAACUUUGGCGGCGGCGAGGGUGGCGACGAAGACUUCAGCAAGAUACUUAUGGGCAUGAUGGAACAGCUCACAAACAGGGAUAUCCUGUAUGAGCCCAUGAAAGAGCUGGACGACAAGUUCCCCAAGUGGAUGGACGAGAACAAGGAAAAGGUUGCCAAGGAUGAUCUGACGAGAUACGAGGAGCAACAGAGCCUGGUCAGGGAGAUCGUGGCACGGUUCGAGAAGAAGGGGUACAGUGAUGGAAAUGCCCAGGAUAGGGAGUAUAUUGUUGAAAGGAUGCAAAAGAUGCAAGCUGCUGGCUCACCCCCGCCUGACCUAGUUGGAGACAUGAAUGCUGCACAGGAGGCACUCUCAGAUAUGGAUCAAGGAUGCCCCACGCAAUGA